GACACCGGGGGGGCGCGAUCGCGGCCGGUGGCGAGGCGCGGGGGUCCGUCGGUCGCCAUGUCGGCGCUGUGGUCGCUGGGCGCCGGGCUGCUGCUGCUGCUGCUGUGGGUGCGGCACCGCGGGCUGGAGGCCGUGCUGGUGCACCACCGCUGGGUCUUCGUCUGCCUCUUCCUCCUGCCGCUCUCCAUCCUCUUCGACGUGUACUACCAGCUGCGCGCCUGGGCCGUGCGGCGCCUGCACAGCGCCCCGCGGCUGCACGCCCAGCGGGUCCGGCACAUCCAGGGACAGGUUCGGGAGUGGAAAAAUGAAGGCAGCAAGAGGUACAUGUGCACCGGCCGGCCCGGCUGGCUGACCGUGUCGCUCCGUGUGGGGAAGUACAAGAAGGUGCACAAGAACAUCAUGAUCAACCUCAUGGACGUCCUGGAAGUGGACAGCGAGAGACAGGUUGUUCGUGUGGAACCUUUGGUCACCAUGGGCCAGUUGACUGCGUACCUGAAUCCUAUGGGCUGGACUAUUCCUGUGGUGCCAGAGCUCGAUGACCUUACAGUAGGUGGUUUGAUCAUGGGAACCGGCAUUGAGUCUUCGUCCCAUAUCUAUGGACUUUUUCAACAUACCUGUGUGGCCUAUGAACUUGUUCUUGCUGAUGGAAGCCUUGUGAGAUGUUCACCAACUGAAAAUUCAGACCUAUUUUAUGCAGUGCCUUGGUCUUGUGGUACUCUGGGGUUCCUGGUUGCAGCAGAAAUAAAAAUGAUCCCUGCCAAGAAAUACGUCAAAAUCCAUUAUAAGCCCGUAAGAGGACUGCAGAAUAUUUGUGAAAAGUUUACUGAAGAGUCUAAGAAAAAGGAGAAUAAUUUUGUGGAAGGACUCGUGUAUUCUUUGGACGAAGCAGUCAUCAUGACAGGAGUCCUGACUGAUGAAGCUGAACAAAGCAAGAUAAACAGAAUUGGCAACUACUACAAGCCAUGGUUCUUCAAGCACGUGGAGAAGUAUUUGAAAGCUGACAGGACUGGAAUUGAAUACAUUCCCUCGAGACAUUAUUACCAUAGACAUACGCGUAGCAUCUUCUGGGAACUCCAGGAUAUCAUUCCUUUUGGCAAUAACCCUGUUUUCCGUUACCUGUUUGGCUGGAUGGUUCCUCCAAAGAUCUCUUUGUUAAAACUCACCCAAGGAGAAGCGAUUCGCAAGCUGUACGAGCAGCAUCACGUUGUACAAGACAUGCUGGUCCCGAUGAAGAGCCUUGAAAAAUCUAUCCAAACCUUCCACGUUGACCUUAACGUAUACCCUCUUUGGUUAUGUCCUUUCAUAUUGCCCAAUAAUCCUGGUAUGGUCCACCCGAAAGGGAACGAAACAGAGCUCUACGUGGAUAUCGGAGCUUAUGGAGAGCCCAAAAGGAAACAAUUUGAAGCCAGGGCUUCAAUGAGGCAAAUGGAAAAGUUUGUAAGAAGCGUGCAUGGCUUCCAGAUGCUGUAUGCAGAUUGCUAUAUGACCCGUGAGGAGUUCUGGGAUAUGUUUGACGGCUCGUUAUACCACAAGCUGAGGGAGCAAAUGAAUUGCAAGGAUGCCUUUCCAGAAGUGUAUGACAAAAUCUGCAAAGCUGCCAGGCACUGAGCCUGAGUGACCUAAUUAAGCAAUCAGGGAAAGAUGAAUUUACCUGUAGCUAGCUAGCCAGUCUAUCCUUUUUAAAGAAAAGCUUUAUUGCCUCCAAAUAAGCUCAUUCUUGUUGACGUUUAAAGAUAUGAAUUCAUGCUUUAUAAACUUAUGUUUAGUAUUUCUUAGGAUGCUUUAAAACCAUUUUUCCAACCGCAAAGUGAUUGUUUUUAAGAGAUCUGAAGUGCUAGCCUUUGUAUCUUGGCUCUGACGUAGUAACGUAGGUGAAUUCACCUAGUUCCAAACACGAGAAAAAUAACUGGAAAAGAUGACACCGAAGAAACAGCAGCUAUACGCUGUAGCUAUAUUUAAAAUUACUUCUGAAAAUGGUAAGGAGGUGACAGAAAUAGGUGCCAAAGCUGAAUUAAUUGUCAAAUUAAUCAUGAUGUUGAAAACAUUUGCCUCCAGUCAGUAACCUGUAGGGCAGCUUAGUAACAGCACCACGACCUGGCUGUGCAGCGCCGCACGAUGCUGCGUGGUGCUGGGCUGCUUGGGGUUAUCCCGCGCUGCGGUCUCAGUUCAACUCCCCAGCAGUUGGUUCGGUUCCACAACUGAGCACGGAGGUGUGAAGCAAAUGCUUUUUACUUGUGCCUGUCAGGUUUGUGCUGAUUCUGAUUCUAACAUGUAAGUGGAUGUAGGGUUACUUCUUUAAUGGUUGAUAGUAUAUUGGUUUUUUUUGCCUCAAACUGUUGCUGUUCUGGCUUUGUACAGCUGAAAAUAUGCUGCUAUGUCACAUAGGCAAGUAUUUCAGUUUUUUACUUGUUGUGGGUCAGUUUAUUUGUUUUUUUUUUUUGGUUUUGCCUUUUGUUGGUUUUUUUUUUUUGUAUUUUUGGUUUUUUGCUUUUGCUUAAUUUUAGUGCCUUAUAAAUACUCAGUUGGAGGAGGACGUGGCUCAUUUGAGACCAUUCUGUCCUGUCCAGCAGGAAAAGGAAGUGUGUCCUCACAAUUUAAGGCUUUAUUUUUACGAGGUUUUGUUAGAGCAAGUGGCUGUGGGUAAGAAGAAAUCUUGCUGCGGAAGCUCGGUAUACACAGGCAUUGGUUCUGACUCGAAGAAGGUUUUUGCUUUGAAUUUUAGCUAGAUUAGAUUGAUAGGCUUUGUAAAAGGACUGUUUCAGUCACCUGGGGAGGAAAUCAAUAGCAAGUACUGUUGGAUUUCCCCUUUUGAUGCAUGCUGGUGAAAACAGCAUAGAUGCGCACUUCAUGCAGUCAAGUGCAGAGGCGUGGAAGUGCUUUGACUCCGUAGCUGGAAGCAUGGUGCCAAACUAAGCCCGUGUCUUGUCCAAGCAGUAUGUAAAUUUGUUAUCCUCAACCCUGCUGAGCCUGAGGGAGUAAUUUUCUUGAGGGUGGCACGGAGGGCAAGUGAAGACCGCUUUAAAUGGUUUGCAGUGGGAAACUUUUGUAAUUUUUAUUUGAGUGCUAAACCAAUGAUUUUAUUUAUUGAUAGAUGGAUGUUUAUGGUCCAGAUGAAACCAAUGAUAAAGCAGUAACAAGAUUAAGCUUGGCCUGUUACUCAGUGAUGCAUGCUGGGCAAAUUCCGUGCAAGUAAGGUACCCCUUAAAGCCCUGCCAGGGGGCUGGUAGCAGGAGCGGCCUGCCAAGGGGAGACGCAGCCAACGCAGUGCCUGCGGUGCUGCCCAGACCACGGAGCUGGCCAGGCAGGAGGCAGAGCUGUGUCAGUGAUCCAGGAGCGCCCGCUACACUGCUCCAGGCUUCGGGGUACCUGGGAAGGCAACCGCUGAUCCUCAGACCUGUAACCUUCUCUUCCCAUCCCUGCGAGGGAAUGGCACAAGAGCAGUUUCCUUGUUCCUGUGCAAUGCUGUGAUUUAGCCCAGUGCUUGUAAGAUGAUCUGUGCAGAGCAAGAAUUGGUUUGGUUAGUUUUUAAAGGGCAACGUUAAAGCAGCUAGAGAAUAUGCAAAUACUUUUCCUUAAGCUGUGUUUCUCUCACUUAUGUACUGAUGACCUUUAGGUAUGCACUGUACUUGUUUUUUCAUUCCUUUAUUUAUUGGUAUGGUGUGAUUUGGUACUGCAACCGUACCAGUCCCACACAUGCACAUGCAUAAUUGCUGCUGGUCUUGAUUUUUGGCUGUAAAAGCUGUUUAAAAUAAAAAUAUAGCCCGUGUACUGUC